ACAGGAGGAAGGGAGGAGAAGCAACACAAGGAAAGGGAGGGAUUUCCGCAGGGAAAGGGGAGAGCUGGCUGCCCGACUUCUUCUGGAACUUGGGAGAAAGUGUCCCGGACUGGGCGGCUGAGGGGCCACGGUUCUCUCGGGGGGCCCAGAUUUUUCCCCCCCAGAGGAGCCUCCUGAUACAACUGUCUAAAAAGAGACAUUUCCCAGCACCCCCUAAAGUUCUCUCACCCCCCUAGUUCUCAGCUUCAGCAACAAUGUGACAGAUGCCGUGGAAAUCCUACAGAAAACAGAAUGGAACCACAUGUGGUAUGGGGGAUCCCCAAGUGAAUGCUACACCCACGUGGGAGUCCCCCCCAAAAAAGGGAAAGUCAGGUGACCGGCUUUGAUAUUCCUGUCGGUAUUGACUGCGGCAAGGAAUUUCUUGAAACGCGAAUAUCGUACCCAGAGACCCCCUUUGGAUAUUGGCUAUUUUUUGGGGUGUGAACCCCCCUUUUACCCCUCGCUAUGGCUGCUUUUUGAGAAUCACAUGACUGUCUAGCCCACGUGGCGAUGGGUCGGGAGAAUGAACUGAUUCAGGCUGUGAAAAGCGGAGAUGUCGGUACCGUCCAAAAACUGCUGGCGAAAGUCCGAACUCCCAAAAGUAAGCUCCUGGGAUCAACCAAAAGGCUGAAUGUAAAUCACCAGGAUACAGAUGGGUUCUCUGCCCUUCACCAUGCUGCCCUCAGCGGGAACUCCGAGCUUCUCCAUUUGCUGUUGGAAAUGCAAGCUUCCGUGGACAUCAAAGAUGGAAACGGGAUGCGACCUCUACAUUAUGCAGCUUGGCAAGGCCAACCGGAACCUGUGCGCCUCCUGCUUCGAGCCUCUGCCAGUGUUAAUGCCGCAUCCCAUGACGGACAGAUCCCGCUGCACCUGGCUGCCCAGUACGGACACUAUGAAGUGUCAGAGACCCUCCUGCAGCACCAGUCCAACCCGUGCCAUGUUAACAAGGCAAAGAAAACCCCCUUGGAUCUCGCCUGUGAAUUUGGGAGAGUGAAAGUGGUUCAGCUGCUGUUAAACAGUCACCUGUGCGUCUCUCUCUUGGAAGGAACAUCUAAAGAUCCAACAGAUCCAAAUUUCACCACACCACUUCACUUGGCUGCAAAAAAUGGACACCUGGAAGUUAUCAGGUUGCUGCUUAAAUCCAGCAUUGAGAUUAACAAGGUGACCAAGAUGGGCACUGCUCUGCACGAGGCUGCACUCUGUGGAAAGACGGAAGUGGUGAAGCUACUGAUAGAGAACGGAGUAGAUGUGAAUAUUCGGAACACAUACAAUCAGACAGCACUGGAUAUAGUCAAUCAGUUUACUACCACCCAUGCCAGCACUGACAUCAAGCAGCUUCUCAGAGAAGCAUCCGGCAUACUGAAGGUCCGAGCACUGAAGGAUUUCUGGAAUGCUCAUGAUCCAACGGCGCUGAACGUUCGAGCUGGAGAUCUGAUAACGGUCUUGGAGCAGCACCCCGAUGGCCGCUGGAAGGGUCACAUUCAUGAUCUCCAGAAAGGAACCGACCGCGUUGGCUUCUUCCCCCCAUCCAUUGUUGAGGUUAUCAGCAAGCGGCUUGGAUCCACGCUAUCUCGUAACAUCACUGUGCCAUCCCACCAGCGCCUGGCAAAGUCUGCCCUCACCCUGCCAAUUCAGCACAGUCCAAUAACAGGCUCUCAGCUUGGUAUUAACCCUGAAACAUCAGUUGCUGGGGACCGUCACAGUGUGGGCAGUGAGAGCAGUAUACGGAGCGCCGGCAGCGGGCAGAGCUGCGAGGGACAGCUGAUAAACACAGCUCUGCUUAUAGAGAAUGCUCAGACAAUGCACUUUGGCUCGGAAAAUCUGCAGAACUGCCAAACAUUCCCAGGCCCUGUCUCAGGACACCUUCUAUCCACCAUCCUAUCAGUAGAGAAAGAUCCUGGGGUUUAUCUGCAAGGAAAGGAUGCUGAGCAGAUAUAUUGCUGGCUUCGUAGCUUUCAGAUGGAAUCAUACGUUGAAAACUUUAUUUCGGCCGGCUAUGACCUUCCAACCAUCAUGCGCGUGACCCCAGAGGACUUAACCGCCAUUGGAGUAACGAAGCCGGGGCACAGGAAAAAGAUUUCCACAGAGAUCGGCAAGCUGAUAGUGGCUGAUGGCCUCCCCCAGCAAACACCAGUGGACCUAUGGGACUGGCUUUCUCAGCUGGGGUUGCCAGAGUACCACAAGCAACUCUCUGAAAAUGGCUACGAAUCUCUGAGCACCGUGACAGAACUAACCUGGGAGGGACUGCAGGAGAUUGGGAUCCACCGAUUGGGACACCAGAAGAAGCUUCUGUUGGGUGUGAAACGCUUGACUGAUCUUCAGAAGGGAUACCCUAUUGGGGGGACAUUACGACGGAGGAUUCUAGGGUCCCAAGACACGGUUGCUCUUGUGGAGUCCCCUGAAAAUGGAGACCUUCCUGUCACUCCCAAACUGCUGACCUUUCAAGGAGGAGAAUUGAGCCGGGAGCUGCAAAGUGCCCUGACGCGGGGGAAUGAACCGUUGUGUACAGGAAGGAGGUCUUUCAGCCAGGAGAGCAUCAGCUCUCGUUCUCAGGGUUCUGGCCAUUCCCAGGAAUCUGCUACUUCUUUCCCGGUUCCGCCUGUUCCCCCUCAAGGAGUAGAAUUGAACCUUCCACAAAGGAAUCACCCAGAAGGAACAGAGCAGACUCUGCAUCACCACCGGGUCCCCAAUGGAUGCCUGAUUCAGCCGGAGCCACCGGCACCCCCACCCAAGCCUGCACUUAAAAAGCGUUCACUUAGUGCUUGCCGUUAUGCAUUGUCGGAUGGUGAACCAGACGAAGAGGAGGAGAAGAAAAUGGCUACGUCCGGCACAGGGACACUUAGUUCAUACGCCACCCUAACUCGGCGUCCUGGCCGCUGCUCCUUGACUAAUGGGCAGCUGGAGAAAAAGGUUCAACGUAGCCAAUCGUUUGCUGUUAGAGCGCGUAGAAAGGGGCCUCCCCCACCGCCUCCAAAAAGACUCAGUUCCAUGUCCAGUGUUGAGGGACCUUCUCCAGAAGUUCAGAGCUCAGUAAGGACCAUUGCUGCACAACUAGAGGAUUUGAGUAAAGGGGCAGGAUUCUCUGCCAGCACCAGCAAAGCCUCCCACACAGAGGUGCUGGAAAGUUCUGGAACACGCAGAAGGACUGUGAGUGAGUCAGCUGCUGGACUUGGUGGGAGACUGUCCCUCCCUUUGGCCACUAAAAAAGUUGAGGAAGAGGAGAGGAAGGAGGAGCCUAUUUCCUCACAGCACAGUUCUAGCGAGAGCAUUCCUUUUGCAGAAGAGGGUAACCUCACUAUUAAGCAGCGCCCCAAACCACCCGGGGCCAAGCUGGAGCAAGAGGUGCCUUCAGAACUCAGUCCCACUUUAGACUCACAAUUGCCAUCUUCUGAAACCCAGCUUCAUUCAGAGGCCUCUUCCAUUCUAGCUAAACCUGUUUCUGUAGCCCCACCGCAGGCCCGCCCUCAGAUAGCCGCCAAACCCCAAAUAGGGCCAAAGCCGGAUACAGGGGUCAGGGCGCCGACGGCCGCAUCUACACCAAAGAAUGUGGAGCAUGAUUUUAAUCUUACAGAAUCAGACACAGUAAAGAGGAGGCCAAAACUUAAGGAAAAGGAGGAAGAGAGUCCUAAGGCAGCAAUGGAAAACAGCUCUCUAUCUCUCUUUCCGCCACAAGAACCCCUGACACAAGACACUUUGACGACCAAAAUAGCAGAUAUAGAUAAAAGACUCUUGAGCUUGGAGGUAAGGGAGGAUCCGGUGAAGAAAACUGGAAUAAGCACAAGGAGCACAGGUGUCUCCAUCUCUCAGACACAUCUGGUCAUUUCUGGCCCCCAGCAAGUGUUACAGAAACCCUCUAAAGCAGUAACUGGUCCAUUGCUCCCUGCCGGAUCGAUUCUGUGGGACAGAGAGUCCGUGGCCUUAAGCAGGGAACGGACGUGCAUUCCUCAGCAGAGCAUUUCCAUUUCAGACAAGGGACCUCCGGUAUUAACCAAUCCGCUACAGAACACAGAGGAGCCACAGGACAACAGGGAAAAAAGUUGCAGCAGGGAAAACGUGCAACUAACCAAGAACAUCCUUGACGACAUCAGCACCAUGUUUGACGACCUAGCUGAGCAAUUGGAAGCCAUGUUGGAUUGAGGGCUAGUUUAGUCCUUGACUCUGCUCAGAGACAUAAUGACAGUCAGUGGCCCCGGAUGCGGUUACUCGAGGCCAGAGAUAAAUAUAACUGCCAGAAACCCUGACCGUGUCCCUAGGACUUGUGGCGCAGAGCUGGGAGUCAGGGGGUCGUUCCGACGCCAUAAAGAUCUAGAUUACUAACAAGUUCUGUUCCGUGCUUGUUAAUAGCUGCCUUUUUCACCGUUCAGUUACCCGUUGCUGCUGUUUUUGGCUUUUUCCACGUUUGCAUUUCGCUCAACGUUUAACGCUUUGAAUGCAAAUAUCUGGAAAACUGUAAAAAAAAAAAAAAAAAAAAGACGUUUGUUUUUAAGAAAAUAUUUUAUUUUAAAAGUGUUUUUAUAUUUGCUUAUCUAUAAAUAUGUUUACUAAUCAGUCU